AUGGCGGGGUUUGCGCCCCGGAAAGCACUGCGGCAGCCCACAGCAGCAGACCACAGCUGGCGAGGUGACGCAAGAGACGUGGUUCAUCCUGAGGUCCUGAUUGCUGUGGACAGCGCAUUUAUGGGCCAGUUUAAGGAUCACUUGACACUCCUGAGGUACCUCGUCGUUUCCAUGAACUCGGUGAACGUUAGGUACUUGACCAUCAGAAAUCCCGGAGUGCAACUGAAGCUUUGUGCGGUAGAAGUCUUCAAUGAAUACUACGAAAGUUUCUUAUAUAAAGUGGACAAUUAUGUCGCGGGACGCAUGUCACUGAAUCGACUAAUAGACUAUGUGCAACAGUAUUACUCCAAAUAUGCUGAAUAUGAUGCUGUAUAUUUCAUCACAGGCCUUGAUAUCGCGCGCUUCACGGGAUACUAUUGGGAUGCUACUCAGCAGGGUAUGGCUUAUGUAGGAGGCGCUUGCACUGCUCGAAAGGUUGCUCUUGGUGAAGACAAAGCCAUGACAUACAAGGGCGUUCGGAUAUCCUCCCAUGAAUUUGGACACCUGUUCGGCUGCCCCCACGAUGGCCAGAAGUACAUGGGCUACAACUCGGAGCGGUGCCCCUGGAAUGAUGGCUUCAUCAUGUCCUACGUCGAGAAUGACAGCAGAAGCAGUAAGUUCUCGCCCUGCUGCAACGACAUGAUACGCCGAUGCGUCAAUUCUGUAGAAGGGAGAUGUUUGCGCACAAGAAACGCAAGGAGGAAAAUUAAAAAAUCUAACUUCACGAAGGAUCUUCCUGGAGACGAUGUGGGGAGAGACCAGUUCUGCCAGCUUUCCUUCCCCGAGGUUCAGAAUACGUACGUGUUACCAGAUAACGGUAUAGGAAGGUGCCACGUCCGGUGCUUCAUGCCUGAUGACAUUACGAGCGUUGGAUAUAAGAAAGUCUUCCUCCCAGACAACUCUCCGUGCAACGAAAGCGGCGGUAGUGUCUGCAUAAACGGCGACUGCGUAAACAAGAAGCCUAAAUAUGUAUUUUAUCAGCCAACAAAAUAAUCGUGUAAAUAAAAUAUGAAGUUGCAAGAAAAGCCA